AUGCAUUCGGGGGCAUCGCUCGUCCAAGUGCCAACACUUCGACAGACUCAUGAUGAAGGUGCCCAAGGCAGGCCGUCCGCUUCAGAAAUGUCCUCAUCCAAAGGGUACCUGCAGCUGCCAGAAACUUUAUGCAUUCAUGGCUCUACUUGUCUAUGUCGGCCGCUGUAUAAAGUGCCAGCGACUGCCAGUGAAACAGAGCAGCAGCAACCACAACAGCAACCACAACUUCCUAGUAGUUCAACAGUGGCAGUAACAACGACGAUGCCGUUGUCUCCAGUGACUCCUGCAACUCCCUCUGCGAGUGCAAACCGCAUCCAGAAGCGCUCCAGACGUCAGAAUAGUAUUCAGGCCUCGGUUGACAGCGUGUCUAGGGGGCUAGGUAUGCUGGAAUCUCCAGUCCCGGUCAAAAAAGAGUCGUCUACUCCAACAGUCCCCAAGGUGAACGGUUCUACAAUGGUAGAAAAUGAAGGACCGGAGUCUGGCACAUACCAGAAAACGAAUGGAAGCCCUACUUCAACAGUAGCACCUGCACUACAAAAUGGUGGAUGCUGUGGCUCGAAAGGGCAGCCAAAAAACCACCAGGGAAACAUACAGAAAGCUCCGGGUUACGAGCUGCCUCAUCAUACUCUACAGCCUCAACAGAUCCAACCCAAGCUACUCCAGAAACAAUUUACAACUCCUUCCACAGCAUCAGAACCUGCAUCUACUCCCGCCCCUCUCCUACUCAACUCUCUAAAUAGUGAAUACGCACAGUAUGCCCCCAGCUCACAGACUGUUCCCACUACAACCUUUUCUUCUCCUGGCAAAAACCAGCAACAUCAACAACCACAACAACAAUUUAGCUCCUUUGACCAAUUUGGGUCAUCCGGCAGUUUGGCACUUGGUCUCCCAGCUAGUUUCAGUCCAGCCAUGUCUCAGGUUGGAUGUAAAGGCCACAACUGUGGUUGUGGGGAUGGCUGCCAAUGUCUAGGUUGCGCAUCCCACCCUUACAAUGACACCACACGGCAUUACAUCCAAGAAAUGGGGUAUAUGAUGGCGUCGGAAUAUGGUGAUCAAGGUACUGAGGGAACUGACGAAGUCCAGUCGCCGACCUAUAGUGCGCGCGUUCCCCCGGAACUGCACCUAGCUGGCUUCGGGCAAAGCCACUUCUCCCAAGGCUACGCCCAUACUACACCAUUCCAGCCUCAUAUAUUCGGAUAUGGUGACGGUUCUUCAAUACCGGCAACAAUGUCUCAAAACACUAGUGAUGGUGAACUGAUGAUGAGCCCUACCGCCUAUUACACUGUUGAAUAUCCCAUCAGUAUGCUUGAUUCAUGCACAAAUAUUUCAGGGACCUGCCAGUGCACCAUGAACUGCACCUGCGUCGGCUGCUUAAUACACCAGGGCCACAAUGGCAUUUCGACUGAAUCCUCCCCACCUCCAGACUUACCACAAGUAACGAGUCCGAACGAUAAUACUCCAGAGCCCAUCUCUUUCUAUUCAACACAAACGCAAACACCACUGCUUACACAAAUGCAGAUACAAGCAGGCGCGCAGGCGCAUCUGCAAGCACACGUUCCGGUUUCUAAUGGAUAUAAUAUACACUAUCCCAGUCAUACAGCUGUGGAGUCUCCACCUGUCUAA